UCUGUAAAAGCAGGAAGGUGCAGUGUGAGGCUGUUUUUUUUUUUUUGUGAAAGAAAGGAAGAAACAUAGAUAGAUAGAUAGAUAGAUAGAUAGAAAAAGAAAUUUUAGCAUAAACUAACAUACUAGUUUUAGAAUAUCAAGGCUUUCCUUUAGGCUGCUUGGGACGACAUUGCACCUUUCGAUUCGUCCGUGCUUGCGAGUCGAUUCUUUUGAACGAGUCAUUCAAAGCGAACGACUCGUUGGUGAAUCGCGCCAGGACUGUGCAGCGAGGAGGACAGCAGUGGCUCCUGAAGCAGUAAGAAACACUGCGAUACAGUGGGCAAACAGCAUUUCUUCACGUCUUUCACAAUGAUGAGGAUCAUCUUGCUGCCAUGCUUAUGGGGACUUCUCUCCCUCUCCUUUGCUCAACUGUCAGACACAGAGGAAGGUGAAGGUGAGGAGGAGGCGGUCAACCUCUUCACUACACCUCGCACUAAACUCGGUGCCGCAACCUCAGACUUUGGCUACAACCUGUUUCGUACUCUGGCUGCCCGCGACCCCAAGGCCAGUGUCCUCCUGUCUCCCAUGAGCAUCUCGGCUGUCUUCACACAACUCUCCUUGGGAGCAUCUGAGCGCACCGUGAAGCAGCUGCAUCGCAUCCUGCGCUACCACACCCUUAAUGACCCGCAGCUUCAUGACACUCUGAGAGACCUGCUCACUUACCUCCGAGCUCCUGCCAAGGGCUUCAGCUCUGCAGAGCGCCUCCUCAUAGGAAAGAGACUACGCCCUGACUUGGAGUACCUCAACACCAUAGAGAAACAGUACGGGGAACGACCCCAAACACUCAUGGGUGGGGCUCGGGAAAUCAAGCCUGUAAAUGAUUGGUUCAGACAGCGCACAGGGGGUAAAGUGGACCGUGUCCUUGGAGCUGCUCUCCCACGUAAUCCAGCAGUGGUGCCUGUGGGAGCAGCCAAUUUCAAAGGAAAAUGGAUAACCAGGUUCAGCCAGUCUGGUAAGAAGGAGGAUUUCCAGUUGGAUGGAGAGGCCCCAACUACCAUUGCCAUGAUGAAGCAGGAUCAUUACCCAGUAAAGAUGGGCAUUGACUCAGACCUUGGCUGCACGAUAGCACAAGUUCCCAUGGAAGAUGGAGUAAGCAUGUACUUUUUCCUGCCAGAUGAUGUGACUAAGAACUUGACUCUGAUUGAGGAAGCGCUGACAGCCGAGUUUGUGCAGGACCUGGCCAACACUCUCCACUCAGUACAGGUUCAGCUCACACUCCCUGUACUCAAACUGGGAUACAGCACGGAGCUCUUGGGUCCCCUCUCUGACAUGGGGUUAUCCGAUUGGCUGAAUGACCCAGAGCUUAUCAAAAUCACAGCUCAGCCAGUGAAGCUGACCACGGUCCGUCACAAGGUUGUCAUGGAGACAGCACCAGAGGGUAGCCAGUACCCUAACACCACUCCACCUAGCAAUGGCCAAUCACUGGCCCUUUCUUACCACGUGAACCGUCCCUUCAUCUUCCUGAUUCGUGACGAGCCAUCAGGGGCGCUUCUGUUCAUCGGAAAGGUACUCAACCCACGUGACCUGGCGAGUGUAUGAAAGCAGCGUACAUGCAUGCACACAGAUAUAUAAUGAUAUAUCUCAAAAUACCACAGAGCUGCAGGCUUCUAUACUAACAUUGGGCUUAAGAUUGAACUUUUUCAAAGCUCCCAAUAUGAAUACUACAUCGCACUUCUAUGUUUUAACACAUUCAUAGUGCAUGAAUAGCCAUAGGUUUAAGCAAAGCUUAUUCAAAAAACACACAUGCAUAAAUGAACAUUCUCCUAUUACAAAAGGAAAAACAAUCCAAUUUCAUAUCUUUAUUAUCUAUAUAUAUGUUUUAAUAUCUAUAUUUAAAACAAAAGUAUGAAUACGCACAAAUUCCCAGAGAUUCAAUCUUCAGAUUAUCUGUAUCAGCAAGGGAUGAGGCAAAAAUUAGUGGAUCUGUUUCAUAUUGUGUUUAAUAACAGCCAUAUAUGCAAUGAACUGCAUAAUACUUCAGUGCUCGUGGAUCACUUUCCUUUUUUCCAUGUUGUCAAAUCACAGACAUAUCAGAUCCCAAACAUAUCAAAUCUCAAACAUAUCAGAUUAACAUGCAUUUAAAUCGUAACUUCUACAUUUGAGUGCUUUGUUGAUUAUUUUCCGUUAAAUGUAAUGCAUGCAUGACUUCUUUUUAGCAGUUGGCCAUUCUGUUUGUAUAUUUACCAGCAGAAAUAAUCUGAAUUUGUAUAUUAAGAUAAAUAAAAAAAAAUACAAAACAU